AUGGCGACAGGCAUCAGACGUGACUUGCACUUGAGACAAGACAAAGUAUAUAAUGAAAAUAAUAUACCUAAAGGAAUUAAAGAUUCUAAAAGCAGUGGUUUAAUAGCUCCUAGAAGAGCUGUAUUAAAUGACUUAAGCAGUAACUUGCAGAAUAAUCAGAAUGCUAAUCAAAAAGGAAAAAUUACAAUAACAAAACCCACCAUCCAAAUAACAAAACCUACUACAAGACUUGCUUCUAAUUUAAAUCGUACUACUACUUCAGUUGCUACAAAAGUGAAACCUUCAUUAAACACAUCGAAGACUGUUCUUAAAGUUAAUACUGGUUUAAAUGAAAAUAUAUCCAACAUUCCAAAAGCUAUCAUCAGACCUAAGACAGUUGGAUUGAUCAAGACUUAUAGAGGAACUUUGACCAGGAGUUCAUCGCUUAGAAACAAAUCUGUUGUAUUGACAGAAUCUCAAAAGAAGGAACAAGAAUGGAUUACUGCUUGUAAAGUAGAUGCUGUUGACAAAAAUGAUGAAUUUGAUCCUUUUCUUGUCGGGGCAUACUCCAAACCUAUUUUUGCUUAUAUGAUGAGCUUAGAGAAUCAACAUAUCAUAAAACAAGAUUAUUUAGCCAACCACAAAUACAUCACAUCAUCCAACCGUAGUGUUGUUGUUGACUGGCUUGUGGAAGUACAACAAGAAUUUCAAAUUAUGCAAGAAUCUCUUUAUACAGCUGUUGGAAUUCUUGACAGAUAUUUACAAGAAAACCAAAAUGUUGCUCGAAAUAAACUUCAAUUAAUUGGGGCCACAAGUCUACUGCUUGGCUGCAAGUAUGAAGAAAUAUAUGUACCUGAGAUAACUGACUUUGUCUAUUUAUCGGACAAUGCUUUCACCAAGGAUGAAGUAAAAUCAAGUUUAGUAGAUGUCUUCAGAACAAUUAAUUUUUCACUUUCUAGACCUUUCUCUUUAACUUUUUUGCGAAGGUUUAGCAAAGUCUCAGGUGCACGGUCAUCACAACAUUCUUUGGCUAAAUACUUUUUGGAAUUGGCUUUAAUUGACUAUAAUUUGGCACAUAUUAAACCAUCUGAAAUAGCUGCAUCCGGUCUAUUGUUAGCAGUCGUCAUAACCAAUGAUCCUGAAUUAGAUGAUAAUCCUGAAGACGUCAAAUCAUUAUUAUCUUUAUAUUGGACAGAUAUAAUGCAAAAACACUCAACAUAUAAAAUGGAUGAAUUGAUAUCUACCGUUCAAUCGCUUGCGCAUUUAGCUCUUAAUGCCCCUGAAUGGAAAUACAAGGCUGUUUACAAAAAAUACCAGAGUGCGAAAAUGGGAAGAAUUACAACAAGUUCCUUACUAAGCUCACCGGCUAUGAGGUUUAUUGCACAAACAUGUUGA